AUGCACAACAUUGAGUAUUUGCUGAAAUAUCUAUUAGACAGUACAACCUUGAAAAUAGAAAGGCUAGAGGAAAUUGCGAACCCGCAGCAAACAGCAGCAUUUGAGAAGAGAUUUGGAGAUACAAAGAGAAUAAGGGCAUUCUGUACCGAGAUAGGCCCCACGACUUACUUUCCUGUUUUCGGUGUUCCACUAUCUCAGGAUUCCAUCACCCACAAGGUUAAACUCUGCUCUGUUGCUGUUGGAGAGUCGAUUUAUGUAUCGAAAGAAUAUGUCAAGCAGAUGAAUCCUCCUGGGCACUACAACUCUUUCAUUACCAGCGACCCUGGAUAUCAUGUGGGGUUCCUAUCUGACUCACAGACAGACAUAAGGAAUUAUUGGUAUGCCAUCAAGGACCCAAGCAAAAUUCUGCCUCUUUUUGAAAUAACCUUUGAAUACGAUGCAGAGCUAGAGAUGAGGUCGAAGGGAAGCUUUAUAUGUGAUAGAUGCCGUGUGAACCAAUCGACAUCCUUCUGCCCUGCAGAAAGGGCAAGUUUUUGUAGUGACUGUGAUGAAGAGGUGCACAAUGACCAUUUUCUCAAAAGACAUGUAAGAUAUUACUUCAAUGAAGUUGGAAAGAAAAAGUUUAUUUACUGUGCUAGCCACAUGGACACGAUGGUAGAUUACUUCUGUGAAGAGUGCUUUAUUCCGGUCUGUACCAAGUGUAAGAUAAGUGGAAACCAUUCUGAACUUCCAAAUGGAUCUCAUAGUCUCUUGAAUUAUGUAGAGGCCUGUGACAAACUUCAGGAGCUCUUAAAGGCAGGGGAAUUGCGAUUGGUCGAGGAGGAGAAAAAACUUAAGGAAAGUAUAGGUGACUUCAGGAAAAAUGUUGAGGCCUUCCAGAGCAAUAUCAGCGAUGUUCGAAAUAAGAUUGAAAGCGAGUAUAGAAAUGCUAUGAAUGAGCUACAUGCAUUUGAAAAAAAGGAGUUUCAGAUCAUAAACACCCACUAUAUUUCAUAUCUUAUUAAGCUGGCUGAAAUUGAAAGAAUGAGAGAAUACCCUUCUGGCCUUGAGCCUUCGCAGCUUCUUAGAACCUUCAAGAGUGUCACCAUGCAGAGGGAGUCACUGGGUGAAAGUAGCGAGGAUGGGGUUUUUAAGCCUGUAGAAAUAUCGUUGAAGGGGCGGCUCACUCUUAAGGACGAGGAAAACUACACUACAAGAAAAGGAUACUUUCCAAGGAUGGAGAAGAGUACGCAGCUUUAUGUGGAAACAAGAGGAAUCAAUGUCAAUUCGCACGGGAAAAGCAAAUAA